AUGCCGCAUUCCACGGUGGUGAACGGCGUUAGCGAUGGGACGCAGCAUACAAGCCCCACGGUCAUUGAGACUCCUCUCCUGAUAGUCGGUGCUGGUCCUGCUGGAGCAGCGCUGGCAUGUUUUCUCUCGCAUCCGCCAUAUUCCAUGACGGGCAUCAUGAUAGCAGCUGCCCCCACCACGUCAGAUACUCCCAGAGCUCAUAUCACAAACCCCGCCGCCCUGGAAUGUCUCCGGGACAUCGGACUGGAAAAGCAAUGUCUAAGCCAAGCAGUUGAAGGUGACUGUAUGACACACACCCGCUGGUGUCACGACAUGACCGGAGAGGAAUAUGGACGAAUCUAUUCCUGGGGCAAUGAUCCUAAGCGAAGAGGGGAAUACGACUCGGCGACUCCCUGCCACCACGUGGAUCUUCCUCAGACAGUCUUUGAGCCCAUCGUGGUCCAGAGAGCAGCCGCAGAGGGUUGGGAUGUCCGCUUCAAGACGAGCCUUCUCAGUUUCGAAAAGGAAGCAGACGGAAAGAUUCUCAGCCGAGUUCGCGAUGACUUGACCAAGAUUGAAUAUUUGAUCAGGUCGGAUUAUCUAUUUGGCUGUGAUGGUGCCAGGAGUCAAGUCAUCAGAGAACUCAAGAUUCCCAUGAUCAAGAAGCCCGGGCAAGGCCUUGCACUGAACGUUCUGGUCAAGGUAGACUUGAGCGACUUCGUCGAGGCGAGGAAGGGCAACCUCCACUGGGUCUUUCAGCCUGACCAGGAAUACCCGGACUUUGCCUGGAGCGGCCUCAUCCGUAUGGUGAGGCCAUGGAACGAGUGGAUGUUUAUUCUCUUCCCCAAGCCAGGUGCCGAAUGGAAGGAACCAACAAUGGAGCAAUAUACCCAGAGAUGCAAGGAGAUUGUUGGGCGAGAUGACCUGCCCGUAGAGGUCCUUGGCGUGUCCAAGUGGUACAUCAACGAGAUCGUCGCCGAGUACUACUCAGAAGGCAACGUCUUCUGCCUAGGCGAUGCUGUCCACCGUCAUCCUCCCUUCAACGGUCUGGGAUCAAACACCUGUGUUCAAGAUGCAUUUAACCUUGCGUGGAAGAUCAAAUAUGUCUCACAGGGCUUUGCCUCCCCAUCGAUCCUUGACAGCUACAGCACCGAACGACAGCCUGUAGGUCUCGGCGUUGUUACUCGGGCAAACCAGGGCAUCCGUGACCAUGUUCCGGUGUGGAAAGAAAUGGGCCUGAUGGAAGACACAGUCGAAAAGAGGAUGGCCAUCCUCAACAGUCUCAAGGAUGCCACACCUGAAGCCCGUGAGCGGAGAAAGCGGGUGAACGCUGCCAUCGAAGGCACGAGCCACGAAUUCCACGGCAUCGGGGUGGAGAUGAACCACCGCUACGAGUCUUCCGCUGUCUAUCUAGAAGAUGAGAUCAAGGCCGGCCGGGAGAAGCCUGAGUGGCCAGAAGACCCCAUCCUGCAGCACAAGGCCAGCACCUACCCUGGCCACCGCCUGCCCCAUGCCUGGUUGAACAAGACGAUGCCGGACAAGGAGCAUACUUCGACCCUCGAUCUUGCCGGCCACGGCUCCUUCUGCCUGAUAACCGGUAUCGGCGGCGACAAGUGGAUCGAAGCAGCCAAGAAAGUGGGCACCGAGCUCGGCUUGGACAUCAAUGCGUAUAGCAUUGGCUGGGGACAAGAGUGGGUCGACGUAUAUCGUGACUGGGAACAAAGAAGAGAAAUCGAGGAGGACGGCUGCCUUCUCGUACGGCCCGAUCGAUUCAUCGCCUGGCGGUCGAUGGAAAUGGCCAGUGACAGUGAAGGCAAACUUCGCGAGGUACUGAAGAAGGUGUUGGGACGACCAUGA